CUCCUCAGAAGCGCCGAGAGCGCGGCCGGGACGGUUGGAGAAGAAGGCGGCUCCCGGAAGGGGGAGAGACAAACUGCCGUAACCUCUGCCGUUCAGGAGCCUGGUUACUUAUUUAUUCGUUACCCUUUUUCUUCUUCCUCCCCCCGAAACCUUUUCCUUUCCCCCUCCCUCUUUUUUUUCCUUUUUGGGAGACGAAAAAUCUCCGGAAAGGGGGAGGAGAGCUCCUUUCGCUCCUUUUCACUUCCCCGCCUUCUUCCCUCCCCCACCUUUCCCUCCUCCGGCUUUUUCCUCCCAACUCGGGGAGGUCCUUCCCGGUGGCCGCCCCGACGGGGUCUGAGCACCUAGGCGGAGGCGGCGCAGGGUUUUUGUAGAGAGGUUUGCGCCUGCGCAGCGCGCCCGCCUCCGCGAUGCACGGGGGUGGCCCCCCCUCCGGGGACAGCGCAUGCCCGCUGCGCACCAUCAAGCGAGUGCAGUUCGGAGUCCUCAGUCCGGAUGAACUGAAACGAAUGUCCGUGACCGAGGGGGGUAUCAAAUACCCCGAGACGACGGAGGGAGGCCGCCCCAAGCUUGGGGGGCUGAUGGAUCCAAGGCAGGGGGUGAUCGAGCGGACUGGCCGCUGCCAGACCUGUGCAGGAAACAUGACAGAAUGCCCUGGCCACUUUGGCCACAUUGAGCUGGCCAAACCUGUGUUUCACGUGGGCUUCCUGGUGAAGACGAUGAAAGUUCUGCGCUGUGUCUGCUUCUUCUGCUCCAAACUUCUCGUGGACUCUAACAACCCGAAGAUCAAGGACAUUCUGGCCAAGUCCAAGGGGCAACCCAAGAAGCGGCUCACACACGUGUACGACCUGUGCAAGGGCAAGAACAUCUGCGAGGGCGGAGAGGAGAUGGACAAUAAGUUCGGUGUGGAGCAGCCGGAGGGCGACGAGGACCUGGCCAAGGAGAAGGGCCACGGUGGCUGCGGGCGGUACCAGCCCAGGAUCCGGCGCUCCGGCCUCGAGCUGUAUGCCGAGUGGAAGCACGUCAACGAGGACUCGCAGGAGAAGAAGAUCCUGCUGAGCCCCGAGCGCGUGCACGAGAUCUUCAAGCGCAUCUCCGACGAGGAGUGUUUCGUGCUGGGCAUGGAGCCCCGCUUCGCACGGCCCGAGUGGAUGAUCGUUACGGUGCUGCCCGUGCCCCCGCUGUCCGUGCGGCCCGCCGUCGUGAUGCAGGGCUCCGCCCGCAACCAGGACGACCUGACGCACAAGCUGGCCGACAUCGUGAAGAUCAACAACCAGCUGCGGCGGAACGAGCAGAACGGCGCGGCGGCACAUGUCAUCGCCGAGGACGUGAAGCUCCUCCAGUUCCACGUGGCCACCAUGGUGGACAACGAGCUGCCCGGCCUGCCCCGCGCCAUGCAGAAGUCCGGUCGCCCCCUCAAGUCCCUGAAGCAGCGGUUGAAGGGCAAGGAAGGCCGGGUCCGGGGGAACCUGAUGGGCAAGCGAGUGGACUUCUCGGCCCGCACCGUCAUCACCCCCGACCCCAACCUCUCCAUCGACCAGGUCGGCGUGCCCCGCUCCAUCGCUGCCAACAUGACUUUUGCGGAGAUCGUCACGCCCUUCAACAUCGACAGACUUCAGGAGCUGGUGCGCAGGGGGAACAGCCAGUACCCGGGCGCCAAGUACAUCAUCCGGGACAACGGCGAUCGUAUCGACCUGCGUUUCCACCCCAAGCCCAGUGACCUUCACCUGCAGACCGGCUACAAGGUGGAGCGGCACAUGUGCGACGGAGACAUUGUUAUCUUCAACCGUCAGCCGACUUUGCACAAAAUGUCCAUGAUGGGGCAUCGGGUCCGCAUCCUGCCCUGGUCGACUUUCCGCUUGAAUCUGAGCGUGACCACUCCGUACAAUGCUGAUUUUGACGGGGACGAGAUGAACUUGCACCUGCCACAGUCUCUGGAGACCCGGGCGGAGAUCCAGGAGCUCGCCAUGGUGCCACGCAUGAUUGUCACCCCCCAGAGCAAUCGCCCCGUCAUGGGCAUCGUGCAGGACACGCUCACCGCAGUGCGCAAAUUCACAAAGAGAGACGUCUUCUUGGAGCGGGGUGAGGUGAUGAACCUCCUGAUGUUCCUGUCCACGUGGGACGGGAAGGUCCCGCAGCCAGCCAUUCUGAAGCCCCGUCCCCUGUGGACGGGCAAGCAGAUCUUCUCCCUCAUCAUACCGGGCCACAUCAACUGCAUCCGCACCCACAGCACCCAUCCCGACGAUGAGGACAGUGGUCCCUACAAGCACAUCUCUCCCGGGGACACCAAGGUGGUGGUGGAGAACGGGGAGCUGAUCAUGGGCAUCUUGUGUAAGAAGUCCCUGGGCACGUCUGCCGGCUCGCUGGUCCACAUCUCGUACCUGGAGAUGGGUCACGACAUCACUCGCCUCUUCUACUCCAACAUUCAGACCGUCAUUAACAACUGGCUGCUCAUCGAGGGUCAUACCAUUGGCAUCGGGGACUCCAUUGCGGACUCUAAAACUUACCAGGACAUUCAGAACACGAUCAAGAAGGCCAAGCAGGAUGUGAUAGAGGUCAUCGAGAAGGCUCAUAACAAUGAGCUGGAGCCCACCCCGGGGAAUACUCUGCGGCAGACGUUUGAGAACCAGGUGAACCGCAUUCUCAACGACGCCCGAGACAAGACCGGCUCCUCCGCCCAGAAGUCCCUGUCUGAAUACAACAACUUCAAGUCUAUGGUCGUGUCCGGGGCCAAAGGUUCCAAGAUCAACAUCUCCCAGGUCAUCGCCGUCGUCGGGCAGCAGAACGUAGAGGGCAAGCGGAUCCCGUUCGGCUUCAAGCACCGGACCCUGCCCCACUUCAUCAAGGACGACUACGGGCCCGAGAGCCGAGGCUUCGUGGAGAACUCCUACCUGGCCGGCCUCACGCCCACCGAGUUCUUCUUCCAUGCCAUGGGGGGUCGCGAGGGGCUCAUCGAUACUGCUGUCAAGACAGCUGAGACUGGGUACAUCCAGCGGCGGCUCAUCAAGUCCAUGGAGUCGGUGAUGGUGAAGUACGACGCCACCGUGCGCAACUCCAUCAACCAGGUGGUGCAGCUCCGCUACGGCGAGGACGGCCUGGCCGGCGAGAGCGUCGAGUUCCAGAACCUGGCCACCCUCAAGCCGUCCAACAAGGCUUUUGAGAAGAAGUUCCGCUUCGAUUAUACCAACGAGAGGGCCCUGCGGCGGACUCUGCAGGAGGACCUGGUGAAGGACGUGCUGAGCAACGCGCACAUUCAGAACGAGCUGGAGCGCGAAUUUGAGCGGAUGCGUGAGGAUCGGGAGGUGCUCAGGGUCAUCUUCCCAACCGGCGACAGCAAGGUGGUCCUCCCCUGCAACCUGCUGCGCAUGAUCUGGAACGCUCAGAAGAUCUUCCACAUCAACCCUCGCCUCCCCUCCGACCUGCACCCCAUCAAGGUCGUAGAGGGAGUCAAGGAAUUGAGCAAGAAGCUGGUGAUCGUGAAUGGGGACGACCCCCUGAGCCGGCAAGCCCAGGAGAACGCCACGCUUCUCUUCAAUAUCCACCUGCGCUCCACGCUGUGCUCCCGCCGCAUGGCCGAGGAGUUCCGGCUCAGCGGGGAGGCCUUCGACUGGCUGCUCGGAGAGAUCGAGUCCAAGUUCAACCAAGCCAUCGCCCAUCCCGGGGAGAUGGUGGGGGCCCUGGCUGCACAGUCCCUUGGAGAACCCGCCACCCAGAUGACCUUGAACACCUUCCACUACGCCGGUGUGUCUGCCAAGAACGUGACCCUGGGCGUGCCGCGACUCAAGGAGCUGAUCAACAUUUCCAAGAAACCAAAGACCCCGUCCCUCACGGUCUUCCUGCUGGGCCAGUCUGCUCGGGACGCCGAGAGGGCCAAGGACAUUCUGUGCCGCCUGGAGCAUACGACGUUGAGGAAGGUGACCGCCAACACAGCCAUCUACUACGACCCCAACCCCCAGAGCACAGUGGUGGCCGAGGACCAGGAGUGGGUGAACGUCUACUAUGAGAUGCCUGACUUUGACGUGGCCCGAAUCUCCCCCUGGCUUUUGCGGGUGGAGCUGGACCGGAAGCACAUGACUGACCGGAAGCUGACCAUGGAGCAGAUUGCCGAAAAGAUCAAUGCUGGUUUUGGCGAUGACUUGAAUUGCAUCUUUAACGACGAUAACGCGGAGAAGCUGGUGCUGCGGAUCCGCAUCAUGAACAGCGACGAGAACAAGAUGCAGGAGGAAGAAGAGGUGGUGGACAAGAUGGACGACGACGUUUUCCUGCGCUGCAUCGAGUCCAACAUGCUGACGGACAUGACCCUGCAGGGCAUUGAGCAGAUCAGCAAGGUGUACAUGCACCUGCCGCAGACGGACAACAAGAAGAAGAUCAUCAUCACGGAGGACGGAGAAUUCAAGGCCCUGCAGGAGUGGAUCCUGGAGACCGACGGUGUGAGCCUGAUGCGGGUGCUGAGUGAGAAGGACGUGGACCCUGUGCGCACCACGUCCAACGACAUCGUGGAGAUCUUCACGGUGCUGGGCAUCGAAGCCGUGCGGAAGGCCUUGGAGCGAGAGCUCUACCACGUCAUCUCCUUUGACGGUUCCUACGUCAAUUACCGCCACUUGGCUCUCCUGUGUGAUACCAUGACCUGUCGUGGCCACUUGAUGGCCAUCACGCGACACGGGGUUAACCGCCAGGAUACGGGACCUCUCAUGAAAUGCUCCUUUGAGGAAACGGUGGAUGUGCUCAUGGAAGCGGCCGCGCACGGAGAGAGCGACCCCAUGAAGGGGGUGUCUGAGAACAUCAUGCUGGGCCAGCUCGCUCCGGCCGGCACCGGCUGCUUUGACCUCCUGCUCGACGCGGAGAAGUGCAAGUACGGCAUGGAGAUCCCCACCAACAUCCCCGGCCUGGGGGCCGCCGGACCCACUGGCAUGUUCUUCGGCUCAGCGCCCAGUCCCAUGGGAGGGAUUUCUCCGGCCAUGACUCCCUGGAACCAGGGGGCCACUCCGGCCUAUGGCGCCUGGUCUCCCAGUGUCGGAAGUGGGAUGACCCCAGGGGCGGCUGGCUUCUCCCCUAGUGCUGCUUCGGACGCCAGCGGCUUCAGUCCAGGCUACUCCCCUGCGUGGUCCCCCACGCCAGGCUCGCCGGGCUCCCCGGGCCCCUCGAGCCCCUACAUCCCCUCACCAGGUGGUGCCAUGUCUCCUAGCUACUCACCCACGUCUCCUGCCUACGAGCCUCGCUCCCCCGGCGGCUACACACCCCAGAGCCCCUCCUACUCCCCUACCUCGCCCUCCUAUUCCCCGACCUCUCCGUCCUACUCUCCCACCAGUCCUAACUAUAGCCCCACGUCACCCAGCUACUCCCCAACCUCCCCCAGCUACUCUCCAACGUCUCCCAGCUACUCCCCGACUUCUCCCAGCUACUCCCCAACCUCUCCCAGCUACUCUCCAACUUCCCCGAGCUACUCUCCCACCUCUCCCAGCUACUCCCCGACCUCUCCCAGCUACUCUCCCACUUCUCCCAGCUACUCCCCGACCUCUCCCAGCUACUCCCCGACCUCUCCCAGCUACUCCCCCACAUCCCCCAGCUACUCCCCCACAUCCCCCAGCUAUUCUCCCACAUCCCCCAGCUACUCCCCAACAUCCCCGAGCUACUCCCCGACCAGCCCUAACUACUCUCCGACCAGUCCCAAUUAUACCCCAACGUCCCCCAGCUAUAGCCCAACAUCACCCAGCUACUCCCCGACGAGCCCCAACUACACACCGACAAGCCCUAACUACAGCCCAACCUCUCCCAGCUACUCUCCGACUUCACCCAGCUACUCCCCGACCUCGCCCAGCUACUCCCCGUCAAGCCCACGAUACACACCGCAGUCUCCGACCUACACCCCGAGCUCCCCCAGCUACAGCCCCAGCUCCCCCAGCUAUAGCCCCACCUCGCCGAAGUAUACCCCCACCAGUCCCUCUUACAGCCCCAGUUCCCCGGAGUACACCCCGACCUCCCCCAAGUACUCACCCACCUCCCCCAAGUACUCACCCACCUCCCCCAAGUACUCACCCACCAGCCCCACCUACUCACCUACCACCCCAAAAUAUUCCCCAACGUCUCCUACUUACUCGCCAACCUCUCCGGUCUAUACCCCAACCUCCCCCAAGUACUCGCCUACCAGCCCCACCUACUCGCCCACCUCCCCCAAGUACUCGCCCACCAGCCCCACCUACUCGCCCACCUCCCCCAAAGGCUCCACCUACUCGCCCACCUCCCCCGGCUACUCGCCCACCAGCCCCACCUACAGCCUCACCAGCCCGGCCAUCAGCCCAGACGACAGUGAUGAGGAGAACUGAGGGUGAGCGGGGCGCAGCGGCCGUCGGCCAGGGCGAAGGGCAGCCCGGGGGGUGCCCUCACGAGGCGCAGGCCCCCGGCCCGCCUCCCUUGUACAUAGUUCUUGUGACAAAGUUCCUCGUUGACGUUCUGGUUCUAUUUCCGCUGGGGCUUCUUGUCUCGUUCUCCACUUGUGCUGUCUCAGAAUCCACUCGCCUGGCUCUGGUGGUCUUCCUACCCCACCCACCCCGGGCCCGGGCCCGUCCCCGAAUUGAGGAUCCCUCCUUGCCUGUGGCUUGAUUGGGGGUAAAGGGUAUUUUAACUUCCUAGGGGUAGUUCCUGCUUUGGGUCAUUCUAUCUGAUCCUAUGGAAGAACAAAGCUAAAGCUGCCUUUCGUCUGUUAUUUUAUUUUUUUGAAGUUCAAAUAAAGUUUACUAAUUUUGGCCAAAAA